CACACACAUACAAACCAACGACCGGAUACAAUGGCUUCUUCAGCGAAAUUCAUUGCAAUUCUGGCUCUGACCAGUCUCUUCGUAUGCAAUGUCAGCAUGCAACAGCAACAGUCACAACAACAGCAGCAACAACCACUGUCCACACAUACAACGCAACAGCAGCUGCAGCAACAUUCAAAUGCCAUCAUGGGCGAAGCUGGUGUCUCCAAUACCCAGUUACACUCGACACACAUGGUCAUGCAUGGCUCACGAAUGGAUAGUCAAGAUAUGCGUUACGAUACACCCGACGAUUGUCAUUUCUUGCCGGCAGCUGGACCGGAACAUCCAGAAAUUAUGUUGACUUGCAAUUUGCGCACCGUCAACAGUGAAUUCGACACGACCAAUUUCAGUGUCAUACCAUCUGAGCACACCGUGGGCCUACAUGUCCUCUGCAACGAUGAAAUCAUGGCCAAGAGCUCACUAGAGCCCCAAUCCUUCGCCCAUCUAACUCGCCUGCAGGAACUAUCCAUCAAGUACUGCAAGCUGUCCAAAUUCAACAAAAACGUAUUGGACGGCCUCAGUCAACUGCGCAACCUGACGGUUCGCACACACAACACCUUGUGGCCAUCGCUCAGUUUCGACAUUGAGGCCGAUGCAUUUGCUGUGGUAAAAAAUUUGGAACGCCUCGAUCUGUCAUCCAACAACAUUUGGUCCUUGCCCGAAUACAUCUUCUGUUCCCUAAGUGCUCUGAUAUCUCUCAACAUGAGCGAAAAUCGCUUGCAAGAUGUCAAUGAGUUGGGCUUCCGUGAUCGCAGCAAGGAAUACACUCCGGACACAACAGCUUCAACCGAUUCCAAACGCCUCAAUACAGCCUGCAAUCUGGAAAUUGAGGUUUUGGAUGUGUCAUUCAACCACUUUGUCCUGCUGCCCGCCAAUGGCUUCGCCACCUUACGACGCCUUCGUGUCCUGCAGGUGAACAAUAAUGAAAUUUCCAUGAUUGCCGAUAAGGCUUUAAGUGGCUUGAAAAACCUGCAAAUCCUCAAUCUUAGCUCCAACAAAAUCGUUGCUCUUCCCUCGGAGCUGUUUACCGAACAAGCGUCUUCCAUUCAAGAAGUUUAUCUACAAAACAAUUCCAUCAGUGUCCUGUCGCCCAAACUCUUUUCGAAUUUGGAACAGUUACAGGCCUUGGAUUUGUCCUACAACCAAAUUACCUCCACCUGGAUUGAUCGCAGCACCUUUGUGGGUCUCAUUCGGCUGGUGCUGCUGAAUCUAUCGCACAACAAACUAACCAAAUUGGAUGCUGAAAUCUUCACAGACCUCUAUACUCUUCAGAUCCUUAAUCUGCGUCACAACCAAUUGGAAAACAUUGCCGCCGAGACAUUUGCCCCCAUGAACAAUCUGCACACCCUGCUCUUGUCACACAACAAACUCAAGUACUUGGACGCAUAUGCUCUGAAUGGUCUGUACGUUCUGUCUCUGCUAUCGCUAGACAACAAUCAUCUUAUCGGUGUACAUCCGGAGGCGUUCCGUAAUUGCAGCUCCUUGCAGGAUUUAAAUUUGAAUGGCAACCAAUUGAAGACAGUGCCUUUGGCGUUGCGCAACAUGAGACUGUUACGCACAGUCGAUCUGGGUGAGAAUAUGAUUACAGUGUUGGAAGACAAUGCCUUCAAGGGCCUGAGCAACUUGUAUGGUCUGCGCUUGAUUGGCAACUAUUUGGAGAACAUUACCAUGCACGCCUUCAAAGAGCUGCCCAGCUUGCAAAUUUUGAACUUGGCCCGCAAUCGCAUUGCCGUUGUAGAACCCGGUGCCUUUGAAAUGACGUCCAGCAUCCAGGCCAUACGCCUCGAUGGCAACGAUCUCAGCGAUAUCAAUGGCCUCUUCAGCAACAUGCCAUCCCUGCUGUGGCUCAACAUAUCCGACAAUCGCCUUGAGCACUUCGACUAUGCCCAUGUGCCUAGUACGCUCCAAUGGCUUGACUUACAUAAAAACCGUUUGGUUGAACUGUCGAAUCGGUUCGGUCUAGAUUCACAGAUUCGCCUGCAGACCAUCGAUGCCAGUUUCAAUCAGAUUCAACGCAUCUCCCCCUCCUCCAUACCCAACUCCAUUGAGCUAUUGUUCAUCAACGACAACCUCAUCACCACCGUCGAUCCGGAUACAUUCAUGCACAAAACCAACCUAACACGCGUCGAUCUUUACGCCAACCAGAUUAGCACCUUGGACGUUAAAUCUCUGCGCAUUUUGCCCGUGCACGAACACCGCUCCCUGCCCGAGUUCUACAUCGGUGGCAAUCCAUUCACAUGCGACUGCAACAUCGACUGGCUGCAGAAGAUAAAUCACAUUAAAUCGCGCCAGUACCCCCGCAUUAUGGACUUGGAAACAAUCUACUGCAAGCUUCUGAAUAACCGUGAACGUGCCUACAUCCCCCUCAUCGAAGCUGAGCCUAAACACUUUUUGUGCACCUACAAAACGCAUUGUUUCGCCGUCUGUCACUGCUGUGAAUUCGACGCCUGUGAUUGUGAAAUGACUUGCCCCACAAACUGCACGUGUUUCCACGACCAGACAUGGUCCACCAAUAUCGUUGAGUGUUCCGGUGCUGGCUACUCAACCAUGCCCCGCAAAGUGCCCAUGGACACCACCGAAUUGUACAUCGAUGGCAACAAUUUCGUCGAGUUGGCCAGUCAUUCGUUCUUGGGUCGCAAAAAUCUCGCAGUGCUCUAUGUGAACAACUCCAAUGUCCAGAUCAUUUACAACACCACAUUCAGUGGCCUGAAGCGUCUGGUGAUUUUGCAUUUGGAAGAUAAUCACAUUACCUCGUUGGAGGGCAAUGAGUUUGCCAACUUGGAAAACUUGCGGGAACUGUAUCUGCAAAACAAUCGCAUCGCCACUAUUGGCAACGGCAGUUUCCACGCCUUAAGGAAAUUGGAGGUUUUGCGCUUGGACGGCAACCGUCUCAUACACUUCGAGGUAUGGCAACUGGCUUUGAAUCCAUACCUGGCUGAAAUUGGUUUGGCCGAUAACCAGUGGUCGUGUGAAUGUAGCUAUUUAAUGCAUUUCCGCACCUAUUUGGCCCAGAACUCAGGCAAAAUUAUCGAUGCAUCUCGCGUUUCAUGUGUCUACAACAACGCCACCAGUGUUUUGCGUGAAAAGAACGGCACCAAGUGUACCCUGCGAGAGGAUGUUGCCACCUAUGUACAGGCCAGCGAAAUUGAAAGUCUUCUUCCUCUGCUUCUAAUGGCCACCUGUGCUUUCGUGGGCUUCUUCGGUCUGAUUAUGGGACUCUUCUGUUAUCGCCAAGAACUCAAGAUGUGGGCUCACUCCAACUGCUUGCUGAACAUGUGCUACAAGAAUACUGGCUUCGUCGAAGAACUCGACAAGGAACGCCUUAACGAUGUCUACUUUGCCUACAGUUUGCAGGAUGAGCACUUCGUCAAUCAAAUACUAGCCCACAACUUGGAGAACGACAUGGGCUACAGGGCCUGCUUGCAUUACCGUGACAUUAACAUCAAUGCCUAUGUCACCGAUGCCGUCAUUGAGGCUGCCGAGAGCGCCAAACAAUUCGUGUUGGUCCUGUCCAAGAACUUUUUGUACAACGAAUGGUCUCGGUUCGAAUACAAGAGUGCCCUGCACGAACUGGUCAAACGCAGAAAGCGAAUUGUGUUCAUUUUGUACGGUGACUUGCCGCAACGUGACAUCGAUAUCGACAUGCGUCACUACUUACGCACCAGUACCUGCAUCGAGUGGGAUGACAAGAAAUUCUGGCAAAAAUUGCGCCUGGCCUUGCCCCAUGUACGCAGCAAACGCACCACCACGAACUGUUUAAGCAAUCGCUCGUCGGUAAACAUCUAUGCUGCAGCCCAUGAAUAUCAAACAACUGCUAAUGGCCGUGCCAGUGGCGUAAUGGUGGCCGAUAAACCAUACAGUGACUGCAGCAACUACGCCACAAUUAAUGACUGUGUCCGAGGAUAUGCUCCCAUACCCACGGCAACGGCUAAUUGUAAAUUCAACACACUCAACGAGCUGGGCUACAAGGCGACCAAGGAAAGCAAGGAGAUGCAGCAUGCCAAAACCCUGGAGUUCCAGCGUCAUCACAACCACAUGCGACCACCACCACCAACAGCAGCCCUGUCAUCGGCCCAUAUGCAUCACCAGCAACAGCACGAGUAUGCAGUGCCCUCGUACUACAGCAUGGGCAACGGUCAAGUUCCAAGAGGCAUGAGUGGUGCAGUGGGUGCUGGAGGUGGCGGCGUGCCGGAAAUGUCUGCUCCCACAUACGACAGCGUAGAUUAUUCGAAGCAAUCCACUUUGCAGAAGACAUCCAACAACUGCGAUUGCAGUGGCGAGGGCACCAGCAGCAGACGCAAGCCCGGGUUGCAGGCAAGUUUCUCCUCCAACUUUACUCCCCCACCACCGCCUCUAACCAAUGGCACCGUCACCAGUUAUAACUCCAAAAAGCCAACCUGUAGUUGUCGACGUGGUGACGAUAAUCUCAGCUGUCGUUGUGGUGGAAGCAAUGCGGCUAAACCCAGCAGCAGUAGUAAUAGCUCCAGCAGCAAUAGUUCCAAUGACAGUUGUCGCCCCGACGACGAUGACCUAAAUCAUUACGAAUCGAAUCUAUCACUGAAUGAAAUAAAUACCACCACCGCCUCAGUGGGCGAGGAGAGCAACAGCUUGUGGGCGUAACAUCAGAAUUACCAACCAGUCCACAGGCAGCGACAACAUCAGCAGCAGCA